UAUAAUCUAUGCUCUAGCAUCAUCAAUGAUCAAACUUACCGCUUGGUGAUUUUAAUUUCACUUUACAGUAUUGUUAGUUUAAGAUUUUAAACUAAACGUUUGCGCUAUAUGAUUAAAGUCAGCAAGAUAAAUCUUGCUACGGAGUAUUAUUCAUUACUUUCAAUAAAUAUUUACAAACUUUUGUGUGAUUGUACGUGAGCAUAACAAACACCGCCUAAAAUGACGAUGGACAUUCGACCAAAUCACACAAUCUACAUAAACAAUUUAAAUGAAAAAAUUAAAAAAGAAGAAUUGAAGAAGUCACUAUAUGCCAUAUUUUCACAGUUUGGGCAAAUUUUAGAUAUAGUUGCAUUAAAAACUUUGAAAAUGAGAGGGCAAGCGUUUGUAAUUUUUAAAGAAAUUUCUAGUGCUACUGUAGCAUUAAGAAGUAUGCAAGGAUUCCCAUUUUAUGAUAAACCAAUGAGAAUACAAUACUGUAAGACAGACAGCGACGUCAUUGCCAAAAUUAAGGGUACAUUCCAAGAAAGGCCGAAACGUCCCAAAGUGCCCAAAGGCGUGGAUGAUGGCAAGAAGAAGAAGAAGGAUGCAAACAGAAAUGCUGUGCCCGGCUUUGGACAACCUGGCUUACUCAAUAAUGUUAAUGUUGAACAGCCACCUAACCAGAUUCUCUUCCUUACAAACUUACCAGAUGAAACAUCGGAGAUGAUGUUGUCUAUGUUGUUUAACCAAUUCCCUGGUUUUAAGGAAGUCCGUCUUGUACCCAACAGACAUGACAUUGCAUUUGUUGAGUUUGCAAAUGAAAUGCAGUCUGCAGCAGCUAAGGAGGCCUUACAAGGAUUCAAGAUUACACCCACACAUGCAAUGAAGAUUACAUUUGCUAAAAAAUAGUGUAUUUUAUAUUUUGUUAUUUAAUAAAGAAUAAUUAUAAGU